AUGGCUGCGCCGGGAGAGCUGGACCAAGACACGGUGCUCCGGUUCCUGGCAGAGCGCGGAGGCCGGGCUCGCAACGCCGACCUGUUGGACCAUUUCCGUGGCUUCCUCAACUCGCCGGACCCCGAGAGCCGCGCCCGGGCCCGCGACCACUUUAAGGAGCUGGUCAACGCCGUAGCCACGGUGCGGCAGGAACCCGGCUCCGGCACCAAGUAUGUGCAGUUGCGCAAGAAAUAUCGCGGCGGUCGGAAAGGCGAAUUGGCGGCGGCGGCCGAGAAUGACUCCGGGGCUGUCGGGCACCCCGAGGACACGCCGCAAGGAGCGGCCCGCGAGGAGGAAGCCGGCGCCGAACCGCUGAAGGGAGAGAAGGGGGCGAGAGGGGAUCCCUCUGCCCCUUCUGGAGAGCUGCCGCCGGAGAAGAGCGGCGGCGACGACGCCUUGGAAGCACCGCCGGAGACGCUUUCAACCCGAAUCCCCCAGGCACCUCUGGCGAGCCCAGAGAGCCCGGGAGAAGGAGGAGGAGGAGGCGGCGGCAGCCGGGUGGAACAGCAGAGCAGCCCGCGGCGCCUGGAGGCGGUGCCGAUGCCCUCGGGCGAUGCUGAGCCUGAGGAGAAACCCGGCGGGGACGCCGUUGAGGCCCUGCUCGAAGAAGACUCGCCGCCCUCCACUAGCCCGGCGGGCGGAGCCUCUACCGGCGCCAACACACCCAGGUGUGGGCACAAGGUCUUCCGGGAGCGGAUGGUGGGCAGUUCCCCUCAGCAGAAGCGCGGGGGGCUCCUGCACCGCGGCGGCAGCGGAGGAAGCCGCGGCGGGGAUUCGGACAGCGCCUCCCUGGCCUCUUCGUCGGCCGAGGACGAGGGUGGCAGCAGCGGGGGCUCGGUGGCCUUGGACCCGCUGGAGCACGCCUGGAUGCUGUGCGCUUCGGACGGGCGCUGGGAAAGCCUGGAGAGCUUGCUCAGCUGCGAGCCGGCGCUGUUUCCCAAGCGCGAUUUCAUCACGGGCUUCACGUGCCUCCACUGGGCGGCCAAGCUGGGCCAUCCCGAACUGCUGGCCCGGCUGGUCAACUUCGCCCACCGGCAGUGCCUGCCCAUCAACAUUAACGCGCGCACUAGCGGCGGCUACACCGCGCUGCACCUGGCCGCCAUGCACGGCCACUUGGAAGUGGUGAAGCUGCUGGUGGGCGCCUACGACGCCGACGUUGAUAUCCGGGAUUACAGCGGCCGCAAGGCCUCCCACUACCUGAGCCAGGGCACCGCCGAAGAGGUACGCAGCCUGGUCGGGGUUCUGCAGGAUGAGGUCGACAGCGGGGCAUCGAAUGGCAGCAGCCGCUGGAGGCUUUCCAGGGUGCUCCCCUCUAACCUCAUUACUUACAAGCUUUCCCACCAUCACCAUCAUCACGGGGAUGAAAGGGAAUCGGGAGACGGCUCUGCAGCACCCAACAAGAGCAAAGAGCUCAGUAGGAAAACCUCCGGCAGUGGUAGGAUAAAACCCCGACUCAACAAAAUCCGAUUCCAUACUCAAAUCAUCCAUACUACCCCUUCUUUCAGGGGGGAUGCAGAAGAGGAGGAGGAGGAAGAAAAGUCCCUGAAAGCCUCCUCCAAGCUCAGACCUAAAUCCAACAUAUUUGGUUAAAAGGACAAAUGUGUCCUUUGUUAUGAUGGGUUUAAAAUCAACCCUAAAGGCAUACCUUUAGUGUCUAAGCAGGCUUAAAUAGAAUUAAGUAUUUUGGUUGGGAAGUUUUUAGGUUAGCUAUAUUUUAGAGCUUCAUAAUUCAGUGAUUAAUGGAACCAAAGCUUAAAACUUUAAAAAAAAAUAAACUUGGUUUUUAAAAAAGUAAUGAUCAAGUUUUAUAUUGACCACAUAGUAAGAUCUGUUUCUCCAGUGUAGAUAAUAUCUAUUGAAACAUUAAAUGUGUGGCCUCCAUCAAAAUUAACUCAUAUGAUAGAGGUUUGCAAGGUAGAAAAUCAGUCCAUUUGCUUAUUAAAAUUCAUCACCCGUAGAAAUCUAUGUUGGGGAAAAGAUAACACUUUCAUAUUUCUUCAUGAUUUUUACUUUUGUUGAAGUAUUCAACAUACUUACUUUUUAAAAAGCCAAAUGAAAUAUUGUCUACGCAUUUGCAGAGAAGGAAUUUAGGAUUUGCAGCAAUUGAUGAAUAGGCAAGUGUGAUUGUCUUGCUGAUUGACAUGCAAGGCAAUUUCCAGGAUUACCCUAGUCAGGUGAACCAGGUGAUUAAAGCUGCUUAGGGGGUAUAUGUGGAAGAAGAAAUGGCAUUUGGGGACAGUUAACCAUUCUUGCUGUCCUUUCCAAGCGUUCUCUGUCACCUCUCAUGCACAUUAGCAUGGCAGGGCAACCUGUGUUGCCAUGCCUUUUUUUGCGAGAAUAGACAUGAAUUAAGAUGCAUAUUUCAGGACAUUCAUAUAAAAUGUUAUGUGACAACUGGUGUAGGCUGUAUUAGUUAUCCAGAAUCUGUAAACUUGAUGGGAAUUGUGCCAUUGACUUUUAGAAUACCCAUUGCACCUAAUUUAUAAAGUUUUCUAAUGGUACUUCUGAGCUCUGACCUUUGACUAUGGUUUAUUUACCAAGUGCAAUACCUUUGGGAAUGUGGUACUAACAGAUAAAGUCAACUUGGUUUUGUUGUGAGACAAGACAUUGAUCAACUUUUGUCCUA